GCAUGCACAACUCAGCUCGACUAGUGACACAGGAUACGUGUUAUUUGUAUAACAUUGUAGGUCUAUAUCCGCACAAAUAUUUGUGAUUUCUGAGAGACCGACGUGUAUUUGUCUUUCAGCUAGCGCUACUACUAUCGGGGAAAGGGCUUCAUCACUCGAUCUGCAGCAUGGAGGACACAAACACAAGUCAAGAAAGCGGAAUUAUGGAGUGUGAUGGUAUCAAUCCUGACCAAGACCCAGCUACGGAAGGCGUCGAGCAAGAGAGUGCAGCUGCUGUCAGUGAAGAAGCACCUCAUGAUGACCCAGAACACAAACCAAGCGUGCAGGACAUUCCACUCCAUGAGGAGGAUCCAAGCAGUACACAGAAUGGAUCAGCAAGCUCAGGAGGAUGCUGUGACCAUAGCGAUGAUGAAGAUGAGAAUAAGAUGCUGUGUAUCUUGCAAUUCAACUCUAGCACUAACAUGGCAACAAGGAAUUGGCUUCUCUCAUCUCUAAAGGUUCCAGAGAAGGAGGGAGGAGCGGAGCUCCUUGUCAGCUCCAUCCAAACAAAGAGCAACGGUGAUGGAGACACUGUUCUCCAGAUUGGCGCAACGAGGGAGAGGCUCCUGGAGGGAGCCGAGAAGAUCUGCAUCAGAAAGAAGUGCAAGGAUGGAUCGCUCAGGGAGUUCAGUCGGGGACAUCGGGAUCAUUUUGACAGUGGAAAUAAAUGCUUCCUGACUACAUGCGAGAAGCAGCGUGUGAUCUACUACCUCCUGACUAACAUACGAAGUACCAAAGAAGAAGACAUUCCAGGCACCGAUACCAAGAAGAUAACUCUGUACCCAGAACAAAGGAUAGUGCCCAAGAUGAUGAACAGUGGACUGAUUGAUGGGAUCUAUCCCUUACACACACCGACUGAGCUCGUAUCACUAGAGAAUCAUUGGUAUAAUCAUCCCGAUUACUUUCAACGUCAACCAAUAGAGAUGAUCAGGGAUUAUUUUGGUGAGAAAAUCGGCAUCUACUUCUCAUUCCUGGGGUUCUACACCAAGGCUCUGUUUCUCCCGGCUGCGUUUGGACUCCUCUACUUUCUCCUCGAUACAUUCGUCGGCCACCUACCCCACGGCUACGCCAUCUUCGCUAUCUUCAAUCUCUUUUGGACCACAGUGUUCCUGGAGUUCUGGAAGAGGAAAUGCAGCUCAAAGGCAUUUCGAUGGGGAACCUACGGUAAGGUGAAAUUUGAGGAGCCACGGGCUGAGUACCAUGGACCGAUCGGCACCAACCCCGUGACUGGGCGUAGAGAACCCCGCUACCCAGCGUCCAAACGCUUCUACAAGAAAUACUGCGUAUCGGCCCCGAUCAUCCUGGUCUUUCUCUGCCUGGCUUUUCUCAUGAUGCUGGGGUUCUUCUGGUUCGAAGACUACCUCAAGACCAAGGUUGAUGUCACCACCACCGUGGGGGGUCUUGUGCUCCUCGUGCCCAGUGUUCUGUAUGCCGUGGUCAUCAUCAUCGUCAACUCCAUCUAUCGCAAGAUUGCAAGCUUUCUCAAUGAUUGGGAAAACCAUCGUCUUCAGUCUGCUCAUGAAAACAACCUGAUCCUUAAACUAGUUGUGUUUGACUUUGCGAAUUGUUUCAUGUGCCUCUUCUUCAUUGCCUUCUACCUGCAAGACAUGGUCAAACUACGCAAGUACCUCUCAACUCUACUCAUCAUCCAACAAUUCAUCGAGCAAUUCCUUGAGACCGCUCUGCCGUACCUCAUCCUAAGAUUCUGGCGUGGAAGGAAGGCAGACGAUGAUGUCGGCAAGGCCAAGAAGGACGAUGAUGCUCCCCGGCAGGAUGUCAAGAAAGAUGUGGCUCAGCUGGUAGCCAAACAGAGCCAGAUGGACCAUUAUCCGGGAACAUUUGAUGACUACCUGGAGCUGUUCCUGCAGUUUGGAUAUGUGUUCCUCUUCUCAGCCGUGUUCCCUCUAGCCGCUGUCUUUGCCCUACUUAACAAUGUCAUCGAAGUCCGCAGUGAUGCCUUCAAGCUUAGCAGGGUCUGUCAAAGACCGUUUGGACAGGCUGUAGCAGACAUAGGCACUUGGCAGAUAACCUUUGAGAUAAUGAGCAUCAUAGCUGUUCUCACCAAUGUAGCCCUGAUGGCGCUGUCACCUGAAAUUCAGUCCCUCUUUCCAGAGAUGUCCACCACCAAAUACAUUCUUCUCUUUGUCAUUGUUGAGCACAUCUUUCUGGCCUUCAAGGCAGCCAUUGCUAUCUUAAUCCCUGAUCUACCUGAAUGGAUGGAGGUAGAGCUGGCCAAGGAGGAAUUUGAAUCUAGGAAAGCUCUUGCUGAAAGGAAAGCAGCAGAGUUGACCCACCAGCUAUCCUUCAAUGCCGACAACGAGAACGGAGGGAAUGUGAAGGCUGCCCUCGCUCAAGCCCAGGCAGCACAUGCCAGUGAGGCUCACUGAUUGGUCAAAGGAAACCAGCACAUGCCAGCGAGGCUCACUGAUUGGUCUAAGGAAACCAACAGGAUUUGCUUCAUUUGUUUUUAUAGCUGCCACAGUCAUGGUUAAAACAAGAGUCUGAUAUCAAACACCUUUAUUAACUCAAAUACUAACAUAUUGGUAUGUAAUCAUCAUGUUUAAAGCAUUUAAAGUAUUACCUAUUAAUAGAAAAAUGCGUUUAUUGAUAUUUUCACUAUUAUUACCAUUUAUAAAUUAAUUAGUACAUUUCAUGUUUUCAAUUUUUCGCAUUAACCUCAAAAGUGAAAUGUUCAUGUAAAUUGAAGUACAUGACAAAGAGAUGCACAUGUAGAUGAAGGUCAAUUCUAGACUCGUGAUCUGUUGUAUAAACAAAUUUUAUUGAUGUUACUCUUCAACUCAUAAUUUCUAAAGAGUAUUCUCACAAAAGCAUGAACUCUCCUACUUGAUCUUUCAAUCUUUACCCAAUACUGAUUUUCUCUACUUCAUUACAAAAUUGACACAACUCUAACAAUGUGCAACAGACAAGCAUGAACAACAUUUUGAACUCAGAAUAAGAAUAUUUGUAAGCAUUUUCUCUUGUACCCAGUACGUUCAGCAUAUCCAAAGCAUUAUUUUGAAUAUAUCAAUUCCAAUGGGUAUUUACCAGAUUAUCAAUAGUACACUAAAGCAUUGAUUUGAUACAAUCGUAAGCAUUUUUCCUCCUGACGGUACGAGGGCGAUAAUCUUUUCUAUUCUACAGUGCUUUCAGUCAAUAAACCUUUCCUAUAUCUUGCCAAGGAAUGAGUUAUACAAUUUUGUAGCUGCCAUGUUUCUAUGCAUAUUUUGCACAAGUGUUUUCAGGAAACAACUAUCGAAUAUUUCCUCAGUUUCCAGCAUGCAAUAGUUUUUUAUUUGUUUUUCAGUGAUAUGGUUUUAUUGUAUGCUGUUUGUUUUAAGUGGACUUUUUGAAGGCUCACUUCUUUUGAGCAUGAAUUAUUAUAUAUUUUUGUUGACUCAACUGA